UUGUCGCUCCAUGGGAUUUCUUCUGCCCCCCGCGACUGACCUGAUGUGGACCGCAGCGUUUCUAACAUGAACUUUCUCUCUGGGAUCUGGUGGUCUCUUCCCCUGGUCUUGGUCUGGGCGACCCCACCAGUCACCUCCUCAUGGUGGUACAUGGGGGCCGUGGGGUCGUCGCGGGUGAUGUGCGACAACGUGCCGGGGCUGGUGAGCCGGCAGCGGCAGCUCUGCCGGCGCUACCCCGAGGCGAUGCUCUCCAUCGGCCGCGGCGUGGCCGCCUGGACGGCCGAGUGCCAGCACCAGUUCCGCCGGCACCGCUGGGACUGCAACGCCCUGGAGCGGGGGCAGCGUCUCCUCGGCCGCGUCCUGCUGCGCAGUAGUCGGGAAUCUGCUUUCGUACAUGCCAUCUCCUCCGCCGGAGUUGUUUUUGCCAUCACCAGGGCAUGUAGCCAAGGGGAGCUGAAAUCCUGCUCCUGCGAUCCCAAGAAGAAAGGCUCUGCCAAGGACAGCAAAGGCCAUUUUGACUGGGGUGGCUGCAGCGAUAACAUCGACUACGGUGUUAAAUUUGCCAGAGCCUUUGUGGAUGCCAAAGAAUGGAAAGGAAAAGAUGCAAGAGCACUGAUGAACCUUCACAACAACAGAGCUGGAAGGAAGGCCGUGAAGCGGUUUUUGAAACAGGAGUGCAAAUGUCACGGUGUGAGUGGAUCAUGCACUCUAAGGACCUGUUGGCUGGCCAUGGCAGACUUUAGGAAAACAGGAGAUUAUCUGUGGAAGAAGUACAAUGGAGCGAUUCAGGUGGUCAUGAAUCAAGAUGGCACGGGUUUCACUGUGGCUAAUAAGAGAUUUAAGAAGCCAACUAAGAAUGACCUGGUAUACUUUGAAAGCUCUCCAGACUACUGUAUCAGGGACAGGGAUGUAGGGUCCCUCGGGACAGCUGGUCGGGUUUGUAACCAAACCUCCCGUGGCAUGGACAGCUGUGAAGUGAUGUGCUGCGGGAGAGGCUAUGACACCUCCCGUGUCAGCAGAAUGACAAAAUGCGAGUGCAAAUUCCACUGGUGUUGUGCUGUGCGCUGCCAGGACUGCCUAGAAGUGGUAGAUAUUCACACCUGCAAAGCGCCGAAGAGCACGGGCUGGAUCUCCCGGACAUGAUGCACAGGCUACUGAUGCUUGAGGACCACAGCCUUUGCCCUUCCCGGUCCGUGCAGGGAAUGCGUCUGAGGUCUUACUCUACUUUUACGCCACUUUUGCCUUUGUCUUUCAUUGCACAGAAGCUACUGAAUAAUUAAUACAAACUCUGCGGCAUUUACUUCCCAUUUCUGCAUGACAGUGUUGCUGCAGAGUUGUCUGUGCAUAAACUGAUGCAGCUCUGGAAGGACGUACUUCUGCUGGGACUCUUCCAACCAACACGUAACUCUCCUCCGGACUCCUUGAGGCAAUUAAUUCCUGCCAUCAGGAACACAGCAAGAUGCAAAGAUGGGGCAUUUCGUACAAGACCACCACCACCAACUGCAUGGGCUGAGCUUGCUCAAGCAUCUUCCAAAGGAUCUUGUGCUGGUCACAGUCGUGCCCUGGAUACUGAAGUGCUUGGGAGUUUGAGCACCGGUUGGUGAUUCCUCCAUGAGAGAAAAUUUGGGGCCAGGCUGGGUGAAAGGCUUUAUCAGAGGGGUGUUUGUCUAUCGCUGUUGGACUGGAGUUUGCGGUGAGGUGGCCACCGGAGGCCACCCCAGCCACCGUUAGCAUGCCGCAGCUUCCUGUGGGGCAGAAAUUGGCCCACGGCGAAAAGCAAAGGAAACUGCAGGAGAUGUAUUCAACCACAACAUUUUCAUAAGCUAUUAAAGAGUCAAAGCAAAUGUCUUAGUUAUAUAUUUGUGAAAACUUGCCUUAAAAGCUUUUAAAAGGUCAUUAAUAUUAA